CAAUCCCUAGACCCUUUUUCAUGUUGAAUUUUCUGAUCUUCUUGUCCAUCAAAUAAUUAUUAAUAAUUGCUUCACUCAGUUUGAUUAUUGUCAUUGUGCUUGUGAGCCUGGAAUUUGAUUUUUUAUUUAUUUUUAAUUAUGUUUGAGUAAUCUUUGUUGUUUGAUCUGUUUGGUUGCCAAGAAAACGCGGGAAAUUGUUUUGCUUCCAGUUGUACAAAUUCAAGUGUUUAAUCUCGAUCCUGUACGGAAGUUUCCUCCGUUUCAGCUGCAUCAUUGGAAUUGGAAAUGGUAGUUUAGUUAUGGCGAUUUCGAUUUGGUUGCUAGAUUUGGAAGAAGAAAAAAAAUUCAUCAAGAUGCUGGAGAUGGGAAUAUAUCUCAGCGCUCCAAAAACUGAUAAGGUCUCAGAAGAUGGUGAGAAUGACAGACUUCGAUAUGGGUCAUCCUCCAUGCAAGGGUGGCGUUCAACCAUGGAAGAUGCUCAUGCUGCUUAUCCAGAUUUUGACGGUUCAACAUCUUUCUUUGGUGUUUAUGAUGGCCAUGGAGGUAAAGCAGUGGCAAAUUUCUGUGCCAAAUAUCUCCACCAACAGGUGCUCAAGGAUGAAGCAUAUCUAGCUGGUGAUUUAGGCAGUUCUCUGCAGAAAGCUUUCCUCAGGAUGGAUGAGAUGAUGCGUGGACAAAGAGGCUGGAGAGAAUUAGCCAUACUGGGAGAUAAGAUAGACAAAGUUUCUGGUCUUAUAGAAGGGUUCAUUUUUUCUCCAAAGAGUGUUGAAGCUAAGAGUAGUGCAUUCAAUGACCAUGUUGAUCAGUGGUCUUCUGAGGAGGGGCCUCAUUCUGAUUUUGAUGGACCAAAUUCCGGAAGUACAGCUUGUGUUGCUAUUAUCCGAAACAAACAACUUCUUGUUGCCAAUGCUGGUGAUUCUCGCUGCGUAAUAUCCAGGAAGGGUGAGGCAUAUAAUUUGUCUAAAGAUCAUAAGCCUGACAUUGAGAAUGAGAAAGAAAGAAUUCUGAAGGCUGGUGGAUUUAUCCAAGUUGGAAGGGUCAAUGGAAGUUUGAACUUGGCAAGAGCAAUUGGGGAUGCGGAAUUCAAGCAGAACAAACAGUUGCCCGUUGAAAAGCAGAUUGUGACUGCCAAUCCUGACAUAAAUAGUGUUGAGCUUUGCGAUGAUGAUGAGUUUCUGGUCAUAGCUUGUGAUGGGAUAUGGGACUGCAUGUCAAGUCAACAACUUGUGGACUAUGUCCGGGAACAAUUAAAACAUGAAAGUAAACUGUCAGUGGUUUGCGAGAGAGUGUUUGAAAGGUGCUUGGCGCCAUCAUCUGGUGGAGAGGGAUGUGACAACAUGACAAUGAUCUUGGUUCAGUUUAAGAAACCUGUUGCUUCAGCUGCAUCUGUUGGGAACCAGCCCAUCGCGUCUAAUCCGCCAUCCGAGAAGGAAAAAACCGCAGCAAACUAAAUAAAUCUUCUGGCGGCCCUAAAAUGAUGACUAUAUAGAAGGACUGCAUUUCUGCAAGUUAUUCAAAGUUUGUUCAGAUUAGGAUGGCGUUCACAUGACAGUACACGUUCAUAGUAUUUGUCAAAUAGCAGUAUAGCUUUGAGUUAUGUACAUGCCCGGGAGUUUGUCUUUCGGUUCUCUCCACAGGUUGAAAUUUAUAGGACGGAACAUUUUCUUUGGAUUGUAACCUGACCAAACAAAGAUGAAGAAUGUUAUUCGUUUUCUUUCGUAUUGCUUGUGAAGUUGGAGCAAUAAUGCAUUGAAUCAACAUCAUGCAGUGGUUGUACUUCAAGUAUUUUUGCAACUUAAAAAUAUUUUCUCUAAA